CCUCAACCUCCAAAAGUUCCUACACCGCAUUUACGGGAGCGCUACCCGACCACAGUUCAGCUCCCGGCCGCGAGGCCAUAUGUUGCUCUUAUACUCCCCAUACCCGCGAACUACGGCUCCAAAAUGGCACAGCCCUUCCCGUACACGUACUACGCAUGCGAUUGCUACGACAGCAACAACACCACGUCCUCAAAACGCGCCUCACAGAUCCUAGCCGCAGCCGAAGAGGAAGACAGAACGUUCGACCCGCGAAGCCCGCGCUCAAACUACUCUCUCUACCCGCUCGAACACCUGCUAUACUGCGAGGACUGCCAACAAAUACGAUGUCCGCGCUGCGUGCUAGAAGAGACGCUGAACUGGUACUGUCCGAGCUGCUUGUUCGAAGUCCCAAGCUCGGUAGUCAAGAGCGAUGGAAACAGAUGUACGAGGAACUGCUAUAACUGUCCGAUAUGCACAUCGCCCAUGACGGUCAAUUCGUUGGAUACGUCGAACGACAACGGACCACCGUAUAUCCUGGCAUGCCCAUACUGCCACUGGAGCACCGUCGAGAUCGGCAUCGAGUUUGAAAAGCACACUGGGAUAUCAUCACAAUUAGCAAGGAUUGCAAAUGGAGGCAAACCUAUCCCUACGCAGAAAGAGCGGGACAAGGAGCGCGAGAGGAGGAAAGAGCUAGGAUCAAGGAAGCGCGACGGACGAGACGUCCUCUCUCACUCCGAGGACUCUCCAAGUACGGACACAGAGCGAGACGACCCCCCACCAAGCCACGACGAUGUCUUCUCCAAUCUCGGCGCCUUCUACAAAGCCCAAAUCGAAGCCCAGACACCCUCAAACCCUUUCUCCCCACACGACAUAACCUUCUCCUCUCCCUCAGCCUACAACCGCAUCAUGAAUCUCUAUUCCAACACCAGCUCCAAAAGGAACAAACGACAAAAACCCGCGCCCAUGCGCGAAGCCGCUUCCCUCAUCGAGGGCCUCACAGUCCACAAUCCCUCCGCAGACGCCGCGGCAAUCGAGCGUAUCAAGAAAGAAGGCUGGGCCGCCACACUCUCCCCAGCCCAAAAGCUUACCCAAAUCAACCCCAACAUUCGCUUCGAAUCCGAUCUCCGCCCCAUCGCCACGCUCCUCUGCACAAAGCGCAGCAAACGCUGCCGCUCCUGCCGCCACAUCCUCUCAAAGCCCGAAUCCAAAAUAACCUCCACGCGCUACAAAAUAAAACUCCUGGCGCUAAACCACAUCCCGCGCCUCAGCAUCCGGGCUCUGCCCUCCACUGCCACCAUGCCACCACCACCCAGCUCAUCCACCCAACAGCCGCAAUUCAACUACAACGCCCUUAAUUCCGGCAUACCAACCCACUUCCUCCUGCACCUCAGCAACCCCCUCUUCGAUCCUAUUCGCGUCACUCUCGCCACGCCGAGCACUACCCCCGGGAAAGUGCAAUCGCGCGUCACGAUCCUCUGCCCGCAAUUCGAAGUCGGCGCCAACACCGACGUCUGGGACGACGCGCUCUCUUCCUCCCUCUCCCCUAUAAAGCGCGGCAGCAUCAUCAACGCCGACGGCCAGAUCGAAGCAGGCAAGAUCUGGGACCGCGGACGCAACUGGACGAGCGUCGUUAUCGAAGUCGUUCCAGGCUUCCUGAAGCCCGUGGCUGGGUUUGGACAGCAAGUUGACGGAGCGGAUGGAGAAGAGGAACUAGGCGAGGACGAAGACGUGCUCGAGAUACCGGUUUUUGUACGCAUCGAGUUUGAGGCGGAUGUCAAUGCGGAGGAGAGGGGGCUCGGCGAUGCGAGGGGGAGUAAGGGCGAGCGCGAGAGGAGGGAGGAGGCGUUUUGGACGGUGGUGGGCGUGGGGAAGAUUGCGGGGAUGUGAGCGAGCGAUCGCUCGGUCCGUGGCUCCAGCUGGGAGUCUGGCAGUAGAGGACGUAGAGAGCGUGAAGAUGGAGAUAGGAGGAGUUGCCAGAUUCAUCAGAUUUUCCGCGCGUAGAUACCCAAUGCAAUUGCCGUCAUAGUCGAAGCUUGUGCUCAAGCUUCUCUCACUCUCACACACACAUACAACAUACAUACACAGCGUAUCCAUUCCGCCCGUACACACGGCAGACAAUAUCCACCUCCAACGAGACAACAAAAACGCCCUACCAGC